CUCUAAACGCGCAAGCUCGUUUUUGAAAGAUGGUCCUUACGAUCCGCAAGCCUGCCCCGGAGUUCACGGCCGAUGCUGUGGUUAACGGCGAAUUCAAGAAGAUCUCCCUGUCGGACUACAAGGGCCAAUACGUGGUGCUCUUCUUCUACCCCAUGGACUUCACAUUCGUGUGCCCUACGGAGAUCUGCGCCUUUAGUGACCGCGCUGACGAAUUCAAGAAGCUUAACACGCAGGUGAUCGGCUGCUCCAUCGAUUCCAAGUUUACGCAUCUCGCGUGGAUCAACACGCCGCGCAAGAAGGGUGGUCUUGGUGACAUGAACAUUCCGCUUGUUGCCGACGUCAAGAAGGACCUGUGCUCCAAGUACGAGGUGCUCGUAUCGGAGGGCGAUGACGAGGGCGUGGCCUUCCGUGGCCUCUUUAUUAUCGAUAAGGAGGGAGUGCUCCGCCAAAUUACCAUCAACGACCUGCCGAUCGGACGCAACGUCGACGAGGUGCUGCGUCUGAUUGAGGCCUUCCAGUUCCACGAAGAGCACGGUGACGUCUGCCCCGCUAACUGGAAGAAGGGCGCGAAGGGCAUGACCGCCAACCCCAAGGACUCGCUCAAGUACUUCGAGACUGUGGAGGAGCCUUCCAAGAAGCGUAAGCUCACCAAGUAAGACAACAACAGAGCGACCGCUCUCGCCAACGCUCUUCUUUCGAGUUGACCUCCGUAGCUACCAGUCAAUAGCCGCAGGAUGAGACGUAAUAUAAACCAUCUACCCGCCA